AUGGAAGAAGCUGCUCCAAUAUUACCAUCAUACCUCGACAAAGUUGUUGAAUUUGCCGAUGGAAAUGCCUAUGAGCUAUUGAAACCUUUGGCUACUUAUCGGUCAUGUCACGAUGGAACUCCCGCCGAAGCACGGAUCGUCCUGACUUGCCGGCGCCGCCACGGAAAUUCUUCGUCAGAGGACGAGUAUGUGAUCAAGAUCAAGAUCCAAAUACCGGGAGGAGAGCGACGACCUAGUAACAGCCCGGAGAUCGGCCCUAGCACCACGACAGCACAUGAACUCAAAGCUCUUGGAAAGUUCAGAGACGCUAAUAGCCCAUGCACGCCGGUUCUGGUAAAUUUCAAAAAAGCAGUCCAGCCUGCCGAGGGACCGUUGCCGGGGGGUUACCUCACAUUCCUCGUUAUGACAAAGAUGCCAGGCGAUUCACUGUUUAACAUGUACUAUUGGGGGAUGCCGGCCGAGGAGAGAACCGACAUCUCACAGAAGUUCCUCGCCACACUCAAGCAAGUCAACGAGCCUUCCGUCCAGAUUUGUCCCUGCCUUGCUGACAGUCGACCAGGUGGAUCUACGCUCAAGGCAUAG